AUGAAAAUUAAUUUAUAUCCGGUUAUUAAAAAUGGCAACGUAAAAUUUUGUCCAUUAUUGGGAAGAGCUUCCAGUGAUGACCAUAUUUUUCAUUUAAAUACGGAUUGUAAAUUGAUUGAUUUUAAUAAAAGUGCUCAAGUUUCGUUAAUUGAUGCGUUUACUCGAACAGGUUUAAUCAAUGUGGUAAGAAGUCAUUUAUAUUAUGGCCUAGAUUGUCCUUUAAUUGGUGAUCAAAAAUAUACCCGUCCAAAUAAUCCAAAAAAUCAGGCUUUAAAUCCAAUAAAAACAGCAUUAAACAAAUCAGCAAUGGAAGCAUUAAAUUUAAGAAAAAAUGAUUUGAGGAAAUUGCCAAUGUUUAUGCAUUUGGGGGAAGUUCAUUUGCCCGAAAUAAUUGGAGGAAUGGAUGGAAAAAAUGAAGAAAAUUGUUUUGAAGAAGGAGGAAGAGGAGGAAAUAUUGGUUUGAAUAAAAAUAUUAAUUUUAAUGUUAUUAGAGCAGAAAUGCCAAAAUUUUUUGUUUAUGCAUUAAAAAAGCUUUCUCUUUUUAAAUAA